CCUUUGAUUUAAGUACUACAUUUGUAACCAAGAAGUGCGAAAGUUCAAUAUUUACUAAUAAGAUAAAACAGAGACUAUACAGUAUCUAUAGAAAGAGGAUGGGUAGAUUUUAGACUUAGAAAGAGUUAAUGAUGAAGCCAAUCAAACUGUCCAACUUCUUGAUGCUUUUCUGCCAAUUACCUGCAAGGUUUCGUUUUUAUAUAAGGACGCAUAGAUCAGUUAGAGUGAUUGUAAUUGUCUUCCUGACUGUAUUUUAUUGUGAGUUCCUUCAUUACUACCUGGUGCUACUCUGGUGCAUGUGGCCAUCUCUUGCCAGUGCGGGAGUCACAGGACAGACCCCGGUACGAGCCAUGUUCAUUGGAGACACACAUAUACUCGGGUCUGAUGCACAUUGGUUUGAUAAAUUAAGGAGGGAAUGGCAAAUGGUACGAUCUUUUCAGGCCAGCAUGUUGAUUCACAGUCCUGAAGUUGUCUUUAUACUAGGGGACCUUUUGGACAAUGGUCAAGUUUGUAGUCGGAAAGAAUUUGAAUAUCAUGUUAAACGAUUCAGAAAAAUGUUCAGCACUCCUACAGGAACAAGCCAAGAGAUUGUAGUAGGGAAUCACGAUGUUGGCUUUCAUUAUAUGAUGUCAGAUCGCAACCAUGACAGAUUUAAAGAAGCAUUUUCUGUACCUCCUGUUCGUCUAGUCACAAUUCGAGGUGUAGAUUUUGUACUUCUUAACAGCAUGGCCAUGGAAGGGGAUGGUUGUAAUAUUUGCCAUGAGGCAGAGGAACAGUUAAGACAGAUAAAAUGGCGGCUCAAAUGUUUAAAAGGUAUAGAGGAGAGGAAGUUUGUAUCUGACAUCUGUGAUACACUGGAGCCAGUAUCUAACUCAAGGCCAGUUCUCCUGCAGCAUUUUCCAAUGUUUCGGGAGUCAGACAAAGAUUGCUCAACCCCAGAUGCUCCCCCAGAUGAUGAAAAACUUAUACCAUUCAGGGAAAAGUUUGAUUGUUUAUCAAGAGAUAGUAGCAAAAUGCUAUUAGAAUAUUUGGACCCUCGCCUCAUUGUGAGUGCUCAUACACAUCAUGGUUGCUAUAGGUUACAUGAAAAUGGAGCACCAGAGUAUACAGUAGCUUCCUAUAACUGGCGAAAUAAAAAGGCACCAUCAUUUCUGCUGGCAGAAAUCAGUGGGAAAGAUUUCAUUGUAAGACGGUGCUAUCUACCAAAUGAAUUGACAGUAUUUAGUUUGUAUAUUACUGGAGGAAUACUCUUACUUGUUAGCCUAGUCAUACCUACAUCAGGCAGGAGACCCAUGGCGCUAACGUCAUCAAAUAAAUUACACUAACAUGCACUUGUUAGCAAUAACUACAAAAGUGUUAGAAAAACUUAAGAUAUAAACAGGUGACAGUGAGAUGGAGAAAAAACUUAUUAUAAGUCUUUAACGUAUAAGUAGACUUAAUAGGAAUCAACAAUAUUUUGGGGUUUCCCCAGCUUAUCUGUAGGUGCAAACAAACUUUUUUAGUUACAGCUUCGAUUAGCACAACAGUUUGACUAAUCUAUUGUGAUGGGUAGUUCACCAUGAAGCUAUAACAGUAAGUUUGUUUGUACCUACGGAUUAGCUGGAAAAAACCCACAUUUGUCGAGUUCGGGGUAACAUCUAUAGGUACAAUCAGUGGAAGUGCACUGCAAGAGGAUCA